AACCGAAUUAAAGCAGACAAGGGGUUUUCUCUGUCUUCAAGUAGGAAGAAUUAAGGAGCUGCCUGCCCAACAUUUAUUUUUAGUUCAAUGUUGCGUGGGUCUCGCUUGGUCAGGCUCAGGCCUUUUCAGUUCCAAGGGACAAGUUCAGAUUGGCUGCCAUCUUCUUUCAGGAAGGGCCCUGCAAUUGCUGCUGCCACUAACACCAUCCUCUUCUUGGGUUUCUUCGUAAUUUCUGCUGCCAUUUUGUGUUCUUAUUGGAUCCAAACUUCCAAUUUUCAGAUUGGUAAUUCUGCAAACGAAACCGUAUUAAUCUCCAACAAGUAUCAGGAACCCUUUAAGGUGAUUGAAUUCCCACUCAACUGUUCUAUUGGCAGCAAUAUUAAUCAGACACAAACCUGCCCAACAAGCUACCCUACAACCUUUAGCAACCUUGAUGAUCUUGACUCUUCAACAAACCCGGUAUGCCCGGAUUAUUUUCGGUUCAUCCACCAGGACCUAAUGCCAUGGAAAGCCACAGGGAUCACAAGGGACAUGGUGGAGAGAGCAAAGGAAACAGCACAUUUUAGGCUAGUGAUUGUGAAUGGCAAGGCCUAUGUUGAAAAGUACAAGAAGUCCAUACAGACAAGGGAUGUGUUUACUAUAUGGGGCAUUUUGCAGCUUCUUAGGAGGUACCCUGGGAGACUGCCUGACUUGGAGCUCAUGUUUGACUGUGAUGACAAGCCGGUCAUCCAAUCAAGCGACUACCGGGGACUGAACUCGACUCAGGUGCCGCCACUGUUCCGGUAUUGUGGUGACAGAUGGACAAGGGACGUUGUGUUCCCUGAUUGGUCCUUCUGGGGUUGGUAA